UUCACAAGCCUCCUAUGGUUAUGGAUGCUCAAACUCUUAAACCAACUAUUUCCCUACUCUGUACUUAUAUAUAGAUGUAAGGAAAACCGUAGCUAACCUAAAUGGGUAUAGUGGAGGCGGCAUUGAGCAAUUUUGGGACUCACAACUGCAUUAGCUGCUCUGCCCAAAACAUGGUGUUUAUUAUAGAAUUCAUUUCAUCUGGCCUUCACAGUCGUCCACAAAUUUAGACCAUGCUGCUCCCUCUAUAAGGAGCUCGCUUAGGUGACAUUGUAGUGCUUAUGCUUGUUCUUGGACUACGAGAGAGGGGUAUGGAAGCAGGUCUCACAGGUUCUCCAAACUAACCCUUUAAAGGACAGAAGAAAUUUAGGACUAUCAAACUACAGUAUAAAUAGGCAGAGCUGAAAGUUUUGUGAAGGUGAUUGAGAUUUCAGAGAGUGGGAUUAUGGAAGGAAACUUUGAUCAGGGUGCAGACGUAACCUUGAAAUCUCCUAUUAGGAAGCGAGGUCGCCCGUGCAAGGCUGACAUUGUUCUUGUACCCAAAGAAGUUGCAGUUCUUGGUGUUCCUUCCAUGUCUGACAGUAAACCCCUAAAGGCAGGGCAUAAGGAGACUGGUAUUUCACAGUCCAGUUUGGGGAGCAAUUCUCUAAUUGGACAAACUGUCCAAGGAGUACUUGACGGAUCAUUUGAUGCAGGAUAUCUUAUUACUGUGAGGAUUGGGGAAUCUGAUACAAUUUUCAGAGGAGUGGUGUUUGGACCUGGCCUAUCAAUACCACCAUCAAAACUGAAUGAUGCGGCCUCAAAUGUAAAACAAAUUAAGAGAGACAAAAAUAGUGUAGCCUCAAAUGUGAAAAAAGCAAAGAAAGACAAGAAACAAACACCAGUAGCACCAGCCCCGGUAACCUUGUUGGAAGUAUACAAACCAGCUCCUACCAUUGAAAGCACUACCGCAUCAACUGUCAUGACAGACAUGGAAGUGGAAUUGAAGAACAGACUUGAAGUUCUUCCCCAGCAGAAUGACUGUUUGGGUCUGAGGUCUGUUCCUGAGGUUUCAAAUGCUGUUGAUGAGGAUUUUAAAUUUGAAAUUUGUGAUCCCGUGGAGGCAAUUAAGGCUUGUUUAAGGAACCAAUGUGAACCUAUACAAGAUGAUGCCCACAUCCGUGUAAAAGCUGAAUAGAAGAGCUUCUGUACAACCAAAAACAUGGAUGUCAACGUUUUGGCCACUAUGGGAGUACUCAACGCUGCGAUUUAAAAGUCUUGGACAAAAGUAAUGUAACAAUUCCUGCUUGUAAUGCCCGUUCUGCCUGCAAUUAGAAUGCCAAUCAAAAUUUUGCUCGAUGUAAUUUGACUUUUGGGGAGAAAGAAAUACCUCCGAAAAAUCAUAUGAAAUUUAAAAAGAUAUUAUCUCAUAGUCAUGAAAAAUGUAUUUAGCUAAUGGAGGGUACUGUAAUUUCUGGUUUGUGAUGAAAUUUCACAGAAUUUGGGUUUUUCAGAGUUGUUAAGCACGUUCAUGCCAGCAUGGGAAGAACCACAGUCAAGAAAAAUGUAUUGAGUUAAUGGAUAUCACUGAACUUUCUGCCUUCGAUGAUAUUCAUAGAAUUUUGUUUUCCCAACUAUAUGCAUUUCAUCUUAGAAAGAGCCACAAAUAGCUCAUUAUUCAUAUGAACUUUACCAAGAUAUUAAUUGAAGCCAUGAAAAGUAUUUAGCUAA